UCUACAAUAUAUAUCUAGAAAAUUAAAAAAAUAAUAAUGAAUUUAGAAGAGUACCACAACAAUAAUAGAAAAAGUUUUGUGUUGCAAUCUGAUAUACCAGAAGUGACACAAAAUGAGCCGUGCUGUUUGGGAAUUGAUGAAGCUGGUAGAGGUCCUGUUCUUGGUCCUAUGGUGUAUGGCGUUUGUUUUUGUCCAAUCAGUAUGAAGGAAAAGCUGGCCGACCUUGGGUUUGCAGAUUCCAAAACUAUAAACGAGGAAAACCGGGAUCGGUUAUUGGCCGUGAUUGAAGAAAACAAAGAUUAUAUCGGUUGGGCUGUCAAAGUUAUUUGUCCCACCCAGAUUUCGAAUGACAUGCUUCGAAGGACGAAGAUUACACUGAAUGAACUUUCACACAAUGCUGCCAUUGAACUAGUUCAAAAGUCUGUCGCAAGUGCAGCGAACAUCAGAGAGAUGUAUGUGGACACAGUCGGAGACGCAACCAAGUAUCAGGCCAAACUCUCUCAAAUAUUCCCAGACAUUACCGUAAAAGUAACACCGAAAGCUGAUGCAUUAUUUCCUGUCGUAAGUGCGGCUAGUAUAUGUGCAAAGGUAGCCCGAGACCGAUGUCUUAAGAAGUGGAUUUUCAGUGAAGGCGAGUUUCCAGAGGAAUAUGGAUGCGGGUACCCGUCAGAUCCGAAAACGAAGAAGUGGUUAAAAGACAUAACUGAUCCUGUUUUUGGUUAUCCUCAAUUUGUGCGGUUUAGUUGGUCAACUUGUUCAAACUUGUUGGAAAAAGACGCAAAAGAAGUUACAUGGGAUGACAAUGAAGAAGUUGACGAAGCUGCUAAAGGUACGGCACCGAUCACUUCUUUUUUUGGGCAGCAAAAGAAAGUACAAACGGUCGAUCGAAGUAAAUUCUUUACUGAAAGAAAACUGCUACAGGUGUACGAUUUGUUAUAACAUUUUGGAGAUCAAAGUUUUCGAACGGAAGCCUGGAUUAACUACAGGAAACCAUGGAUGCAAUUCAAGUGACAUAUUGCUAAUUUUUAAAGAUAGAGAGAGAGAGAUGAGAGAGUAUUUCAUCAUAUACUUUUAAAAGGAUAACAUGAAGCCAUAAACUUAUGUUCGUAAUGAUGUUGAAGUGGCUGUGAAGCUGGAAGAAAGGGUUUGGUGUUUGUAAUGCAAGUGUAAAUAUUGUACACAAUUUAGGUGACUGAUUUUCACCAUAUUUGCUCCUUUGUGUCAUGAUACUACCUUAAAAUUAUCGCUGAACUAAUUUAAGCAGAUGUCGAGGUUUUUGCCAUUAACUGUAAAUUCAAAUUCUCACAAAAAAGAUUUUAAACUCAGCCGUUUGCAAAAAUGAUUUCUCCCAAAAUUUUACAAAAUUAACAUCUCUUAAAAGUAAAUUAUCGCGAAAUUUUCAAAAGUGAUGAUUUGAGAGAGGGGUGCGCGCGAAAAAAAGAUAUUUAACGUUGUGUCGAUAAAGGCUUACAUGGGUUUUUGUGACAAGUAACGGUACUUGAGUUUCUAACCCCCCCCCCCCCCCCCCCUUAAAUUUGAUAUAAAAGAUGUGAAAAAAAUGUCAAGAUUAUUGAAACCCAUGCUAAAAAUAAUCAGUAUUUCCUCACAAUUGAUUUUAAUGUGAACCGAAACUAAAUUAUUUGGUUUAACACCAGCAAGAAAGGGCUAUUUCAUAAACGACCAUAGCAAGUAUAAUCUUGGUAAAAACAACAAGAAGUUACACCAUAUUAAAAUCAACGUAAAUAGGAUAAUUGCUAUUCGAAACUGUGACCCAAAAAUUUGUUGCUUGUAUGAAAUGAUGUUAACACAUAAGUUGAUUAGAAUUUUGUAAUUUUUGUACAGUUUCUGAUAAAGCGAUAAACAGAAAUUUCAAGUUAUACACGAAAUGUUGAUGCGGAAGAUUUCUCUUGGAAUAUUCCACAGCUUAACAACUACCUCGGUUAGUCAUUGUUUCCUGUUUGUUCUUCAAAUCAACGUGGUGCUACGGAAUACACCAAAAACAUUAAAGAUGCACGAAAUAUUGACACGGGAAUUAUGCAUGACGGGCGGAUUGCCUUAUGCUGCCUGCAAUAUGGCUGUCCACGGCAUUUUGUGAUACUAAACAUGUACGAAAAAUGUAUGACAGCCGAAAGACAAAUGUAGCCUGGCGCCUCACUCGGUUACAAUGAUCGGUCUCCCGCCUAGUGUUUUUAUAUAUUCACAAGAUGCAAGAUUGCAGAUUAACAGGGAUUGGGCUGCUAAUAACUGACACAAAUUAACCUUAAUCAAUCAAUUUCAACACCACCGUCGGUCUAUUUUUUUAAGAAUAUAAUGUUUUCGUGCUAUGACACCUUUUCAUCCAAUUACAAUUCUACUAAUCGAAUUUUAUAUACUUCUUAUAUUUAAUCUUUAUCAAAUCGUGUCAAAUAUUUGCGUGAAAAAUUGUGUGGUAAAAGUGUUUUUAUUUAAAAUAAAAAUCAUUUUACUAUACGCCGAAGUUUCUUCAAAUAAAUUUUGAAGAUGAAUCAAAGUUUGCAAGUAUUCAAUUGGUGUUGGAAUAUACUCUUAAAUUACUGAAUGAUCUAAUUUCAAAAUUCUCACUAAUUUUUCGCGUGAGAAUGAUGCCGCGUAGUUGCUACCAUAUUUGUUUUUUGUUGCCAUGGUGAUGUAAGUAAAUAGCCAAGCCAAACUAUAAAUAUAUAUAACAAUCACCCAAAUAUAUUUAAUGAAUUAUUAAAAAUUUUCGAGUAAUAUAUCUAUUUUUUAAGGAAAAUCGUUUCAAAUAUUGACUUUAUAUUUUUCGUGGAGGUUGUAUUUUCUGGAAGAUAAGAGAGAUUGAAGUUCAGCUUCGUGAAACAAGGUAUAAUCGGUACUUUUAGAUUUUUUUUAUUUGUAUUUCUUUUGAGAAACAUGAAACAUCCCCUAACUUUUCCGCUUUGGCUGACUUUUGUGCCUGAAACUUUAAAAUAUGAUUUUUUUAUUGUUAAUUUAUUUCGUAUAGAUGUUAUUUCUUUUA